AUGGAGAUCUUCCACUCCACCUUUUGCGACGACAAACCGCAGACUACUCUUCCGACGCCGUCUGAAAUUAGAGAAAUCAGUAAGAAGACUGGCAUAGGCCACAUAAGUUUUUAUCGCCCACCACCUGUCAAGAUUCCAUCAUUGGGCCUUUUUGUCAAGUACGGAGCGGAUGUCACUGUUGUUGAGGCCCAGACUCAAAUGAUGUUGCAUGAGCACCUGAAAGAUCAAGCUCCCAUCCCGAAGGUUUUCGGCGGGGCUGAGGAUGGGGGCCAGGUGUUUAUAUAUAUGUCAUUGGUUGAGGGUGAAACUCUGCAGGAGAGAUGGGGUGGCAUGAAUGAACCUGAGAGACUGUCUGUCUGUGAGGAACUGAAACAUAUGGUGAAGACCUGGAGGACCUUGGAGCAAGACAGCCAUAGCCGGUAUAUCGGGAGUCUGGGUGGGCUACCAUUGAAUGAGAUCUUUCUUUCGAGCCAUCCAGAAAUCAGUGGGCCUUUCCAAGGCGCAAACGCUGUCCAGCAGUUUCAGGACGCAUGUGGAAUCGAAAUCAGUGAGGAUGUGCCUAUUGUGUUCACCCAUGAUGAUCUUGUUCCCCCCAACAUCCUUUUGUCGCCAGGCCCGAAUCCGAGGGUGGUGGCAGUCAUUGACUGGGGCCAGGCUGGAUGGUAUCCCGCUUACUGGGAGUAUUGUAAAGCGCGACGUGUGAGACUGGAUCCAGAACUCUUCGAUGAUGCUAUACAAGAACAAUGGCGCACGAAAUAUUUGCCAAUGAUUCUGCAUCCGGUAGAUGAGGAGGCAAUCUACCGCCCUUGGCUUUAUUUUGUUCUGUCUAAGGGCAUAUAA